AUGAUGGAACUUAAUGAAUUUGUGAUUCCUCGCUCUUUGGACCUAUCCACCAUUGCCACAAUCUGCACAGAUAACGAACUGAUUCAGGGAAAAGAAAGCACGGUUUCACACCUUUCAAAUAUUUGGUUCUUCCAGGAUACACUCUACAAACUAAAAGGAAUUCAGCUGAAUGAAUGUCCAUGUACUAUUGUAGCCAGGCUCUAUUCAGUUUGCUUCUAA